AUCAAAUCGAAUCACUUCUCAACUGGCUACCAAACGACACGCAUCGUAACUGUCUAACAAAACGAGAUUUAACAAACUGUGAAAAAUUCGAAAAUCAUGUACAAUUUGGUAAAAAGUCAUGCACUCUCCGAGAUCUUAAAGAAGCCAAUGCCGCCCAAUUCUUUGAGGGAUGGCGGCGCUACAAACAAUUCCGCUGGUGAUACCAACAAAACGGCCGGGAAUCUAAGUCCCAAUCCCGAAGAAUUUGUGCCGGCUCCAGAGAAGACGGAGGAGCGUUCGCUUUGUGCUGAUUUGUCCAAAAUAAAUAAACUGUUCGAGUUUCUGGAGUCUUCACGUACGGACGAUGUGGAUUUAGGUAACACAGUCGUCGACGACGUGGGAAUGGAAAAUUUAUCGACUGCGUUGGAGGCAUGCAAAGAAGUUCCCAAUAGAAACCUGAAAAUUUCUUUCGGUGAUCCUGUGGAAUUUAUGGACAAUAUGGACUUCAUGCGUAUUUCUCGCAGGAAGGCAAAGAUUACUAUUGAGAAGGCCAGGGAAAAGCGUCUUGAGCAGGAAAGAAUGGCGGCUCUGGAAGCCACGAAAUUGACCGAAGAAAAAAGCAUGGAGGAUCCUUCUUCGGUUCCGGUUCCAGUUCCAGGCAACGAUUCGCCCAUAAAUUUUUCUGCGGAGGAACGCACUGAAGUCGAUCGCAUGCGAGCUGUCAAGGAAGGCGAAGACCAAGAGGCCGGCGGUCCGGUGGUCGCGUUGACCCCCAAGAGAUAUAUACCCACCGACAAGGAAUGGGACGAGCAAUGUCGUCUCAAGGCCCAAAAAUCGCCAACCACAGUGGACCAGAUGCCUCCGGCCACCACGAUGACCGCCAAAAGAUAUAUACCCACCACCAUGGAAUGGGACGAACAGUGUCGUUUCAAGCUUGUGUCCAAGAUGGAAACCGAAAUGAACGCCACGCUGCCAACUAAAAAACUCGUGGCGGAGAGUCGCAAUGGGAAUAUCACUCAUUAUGGAGCGAAUGUAGCUCCUACUCCGAUGGAAAGUCAGCCAAUCGAAGGCGAGCAGAAAGAUCGUCAGGUGAAGAAAGGAAAUGUGAUUCGUUAUACUAUUGAGGAAUUGCUGAAGUUGGAACCGCAACCGGAAGAUCUUGAAGUGCCUGCUGAAGUGGCGUUGAUUAAUUUAUUGAAUUUAUUGAAGGACACUUAAUAUGAUAACUACGCACAACUCUACGCAACUUUUCGGGCUUACAUUUAAUUCGAUUUAUAAACAAUUUGGAUCAGUUUCUAUUUAAAUUUUCAUUCCACCUACCAUGUAUUAUUAUUACUUAA